AUGUCAUAUAGAACUGAGUUAACUUCUCAAGAUAAGAAAAAAAUACUUGCAUAUAUAGAAAAUUUUAACCCUGCACAAAUAGCAAGAAAAAUAGGUUGUGAUCCCACCACAAUAAGAAGAAUUAUUGACAGAUACAAAAAGACAGAGAAAACUGAAAAUUUACCUAGAUCAGAGCAUCCACCUACUCUUGAUGAUAAUGAGAAAAAUCCUUACAACUCUAAAAGAGCAUUAUAUAAUUUUGGAAUUUAUUCUCAUAUUGCUGCAAAAAAACUUUUUAUAUCAGAAAAGCAUUCAUUAGCUCAUGAAUCAAGUGUUGAUAUUAGCAAGCAGUCACAACAAUUAAGAGUUUGA